AUUUCUGCGCAUCCUAAAUUGAAAGACGCUUUUACAUCUUCGCCUUUCGAUUAUUUUCCACGUGUUAAAAAGAUGCAAAAAUGUUUUGAAGUAAUCAUGACACACAAUAUCCCAGAUUGUUUAGUAAUAAUAAAUGCAAAUCAAAAUUCCAUGGCUAUACUUGAAGCUAAUCAAUUACAAAUACCUAUUGUAGCUUUGGUGGAUUCUAAUAUUCCAAACAGAUUACAUAAAGUAAUAACUUAUCCCGUUUUGGCUAAAGAGAAAGAGUGUAGAGCAGAAGAGGAACGAAGACCUUUGGCGGCAGAUCGUUGCGCUGGAGACCAAGAGGAUGGCGCUUUGGGGUAGAAUUGUGGCAUCACAUCUGAGAGUAUUUCGCCUCGGGU